AUGGCCUCCUCCGAGCCGACAUCCUUUCUACAUCUCCCCCCAGAGAUCCGCAACCUCGUCUACAAUCUGGCCUUCAACGCCGAUGUCAAGACCGACAUUCUAGACCCAGGGCACUCUGGAUACACCAGAGACGGCAGCCCUUUGCUCUACGUUCAUCCCGUCAUCUCUGCCGAUCUGAGGCAACGCACUUAUGGUGACGAUUUCUCCCUAGUACUCCCGAUUCAAGAGCCCAGCGAGUGGGUGAAGGGACAAGGACUCGACAGCGAAAAACUUAAGACAUGUCUUAACAACCUGCCCGGUCUUAUGAAGAAGAAAUGCCAAAAGCUCAUUGUUGAGGCAUCGCAGUCGGAUGAAGUAGAAGACGAUGACUACGAAUUUUGGGAUAGUGAGGAUUUCCCUAGUUACCUCAUCCCACUACUCCUACAGAUCAAGGAAGAAAUACCUACAUUGAAGAAGAUCACCUUUAUCUUUUGGUUUGGAGAAUGGAGUGCGCCAGUGGACGUCUGGAAGAAAUCACUUCGACUCCUCUCGCGGCGAUGGUACAAGAAGGUCCAGAGCCAAAAUGGGAAAGAAAACCGAUGCCUAUAUCGCGGCCGUUAUCGAGCUCUGGCGGCUCUAGGUAGCCCAUGGUAA